GCAGAUUUUCUGGAGUCUCCGCAGUGCAAUGGCGGCUUUCUGGAGAACUGCAGAUCAACUUGAUAUGCUCCGCCAUUUUGGGAAUAUUUUAGGGAAUGCAUAAAUUCCAGGAAUUCCUUUGCAGCUAUUUUGCUGACGGAAGAAAUCUCUCUCUCAAUAAUUGCGAGUCAGUAAUAAUCUGAAGAGCAAAAAUCUCACAGUCAAAACAAGUCAAGGUAAAUAAGCGGCAGGAUGAGGCUGCCCAUUACAAUUGACACGGUGCUGCAGCGGUUUCGCAAAAGUGCUGAAACCGCUGCAGCCAAUGAAACCGCUGCACAAAUUCCAGCUGGGGCGAUAGUGCCCAAGGAGCCUUCUGAAGGAGUUUCUCCUAUUGUGGACGUCAAAGAGGCAUUCUCCUCUGCUGCUGCGGCAGUCACCGACGAACCUAUCGGAGAAAAAAUUAUGCAUGAAAUCUCCGAUAAAACUCACGUCCCCGUAUGGGGAAUUAUUUUGAUUAUCAUCGGUAUCGGACUGUUGCUAGUCUGCAUCUGUUGCUGCUGCCUCCGACGAUGGUGCAAAAGGAGGAAGAAGGACAAAAAAGGAGGAAAAGGCGGAGUCGAUCUCAAAGGCAUGGGGUUCCUAGGAGACGCCUACAAGGAAAAGGUACAACCGGAUGAAGAAGACUUACAAGACAACAUGGAAGAUAAUGAGGGUGAAAAAGAGAGUGAAAAAUCUGAAGAAAAACUGGGGAGAUUACAAUACAAAUUAGAUUAUGACUUCAAUUCUAACAACUUAGCUGUAACUGUAAUACAAGCUGAAGAUCUUCCUGGUUUGGAUAUGUCAGGGACAUCAGAUCCCUACGUCAAAGUUUAUCUUCUUCCGGACAAAAAAAAGAAACAUGAAACUAAAGUGCACAGAAAAACAUUGAAUCCGGUCUUUAACGAAACUUUCAAUUUUAAAGUACCUUUUGCUGAAAUUACAUCCAAAACUUUAGUAUUCGCUAUUUUUGACUUUGAUCGCUUUUCCAAACACGAUCAAAUUGGAGAAGUGAAAAUUCCAUUGAACACUGUGGAUUUGGCCCAAACGAUUGAAGAAUGGAAAGAUCUUACGAGCGUAGAAGGAGAACAAGGACAGGAAAACAAGCUUGGAGAUAUUUGUUUCUCACUGAGAUACGUCCCGACAGCCGGAAAACUAACGGUUGUAAUUCUGGAAGCCAAAAAUCUGAAAAAGAUGGACGUUGGUGGCCUAUCUGAUCCAUAUGUAAAAAUCGCCAUUAUGAUGAAUGGCAAGCGAAUCAAAAAGAAGAAAACGAGUAUCAAGAAGUGCACGUUGAACCCUUAUUAUAACGAAUCCUUUACGUUUGAGAUCCCCUUCGAACAGAUACAGAAAGUGCAGCUGAUGAUAACGGUGGUGGAUUAUGAUCGCAUUGGAACAUCGGAUCCCAUUGGGAAGGUGGUCUUGGGAUGCAAUGCGAGUGGAACUGAACUCCGUCACUGGAUGGACAUGCUUGCGUCCCCACGUCGACCAAUUGCACAAUGGCAUUCGCUCAAAGACCCGGAGGAAGGACAAGACAAUUAAUCUACCUUCCUCUUUUCGUCUAGAGCACUCGAAGGGAAUUUCUAUACCUUAUCCAAGCACAACAUUCCAGAUACAUCAAAUUUCGGAUUUUGUCUCCAUGACCUAAAAAAAUAAACUCGUGUGUGUCCAAAAAUAUCUAGAAAUAUGUAUACAUAAAUAUAUAGGGUUGAACGUAGGUUUGUAAAUAGCUAAUAGCUAUAUACAUGCUUUCACAUUGACACUUGUCUUCGAAAUGCUGUAUGUAUUGUAACAAUUAUGUAUUUAUUAUAGUUAUAAUUAUGUAUUAUUUCAAAAAAAAAGUUUUAUUAAGUUUAUUCGCUGUAGAUGAAAUGCAAAUCAAAGUGUGGUUGUAAUUAGGUGUGAAUUCUAAAAAUUUUAAUAAUGUUGCAUAUCACAUGUAUAAGUCUAAAGUUGGAAAAAUUUUAUCGUAAUCUUUAGGAAAAAAAUGUUGUGAAGUGAUAUUUAUAGACAGUUUCUGCAAUGCAAGACUAACUCUGGGGGUUUGUAAUUGGUUCCUUUGAUGUUCUAUUUACAAAUUCUGGACUGUUAAGAAAAGAAAUUCGAAUGCAAUACGAUUGGAUAUUUGUCUUUCAUAAACAGUGAUUAUCGUUUGCGCGUUUAUAUUCACAACUAUUGUUCACGUGGUGUUUGUAUUCACAAUUAUCGUUUGCGUGACAUUUGUUAUCACAGCACUUAAAAUUUUUAUUUUUCGAAAAAAUUAGUUUAGUUCGCUUUUUAAAAAUUUCCUUAAAAUGAUUCGUAAUUUUAUUUUAUUUUAAAAACCUGUUUCACUAUUGUCCUUUGCACUAUUUCUUUUCCUAUAAAUAGCGCCGAGUUCUAUAAUGAAAUAAAAUUGGUCGCGUGUCGUGGGUUUAAAAAUGUCUUUUAAUUUAUUUCAUGCAUAUCAGUUUCGUUCGUGAAUAUGUGCAUUUGUUCAGUGUUCAUGCUUACGCCGUGUUCUCUUAUUUCUAAUAUCACAUUAUAUUCAAAUUUUAAAAAAAAACAAGCAAAUCAAAAACAACGAACGUGAACCAAUUUAUCUUGUAAAGUUUUCACGCAAUUCUUCAAUCUUAUAAAAAAUAUUUAUAUCUAAUCAAUUCUUAGAGUACAUAAUACUGUAAAAUAAACUAUCACGUGAUAAACAUGGGGCUGCACCUUUGUAGACCAAGUGCUAGGGCUAACAGAGUGUGUUAUGCAGUCUAUGUAGAUUACAAAAAAUACUCCGAGUAAUUGAGAAAACACGAAAAUUUUUAUAAAUUGCGAAAACAGUCAGGCAUUGUUCGACAAAAUUUAGACGAAAAAAAUUUUUUAAACUUGAAAGAGUUACUAUGCUCUGACGUACAUAACGGAAUCUUGUGGUUAGAUGGCUGCCUACGAUUUACUCUUAAUUUUAGCUCUAGCCUAUUCCUAAUGUUCCAUGCGUCUGGAUUUGUCGCAGCCCUGGAAAAGGCUAUAAUCCAGCCUUUUUUCUUCUAUUAAAACAUUACUAGUUUAUGUAGGAAUAUUUCGAAAAGUGAAAUUCGAAUUGGUAGUGUUUAUUCAAUUAAAAGAAAUCGGGCGAAUUAGAAAUAACGAGAGCAAAAAUUUUGCAUCGUGAAGUUACGCACGGCAUGUUCUAACUUUUUCUCUUUAUGACAAAACUAUAUUCUCAAAUAUUCUAUGAUAUUAUUAAAUUAAACAUAGCAUGUGUAUUCAAUGCAUUUUUUGCUUUUCUUACUGUCUUUUGCCAUUGUAUAUGAAUAUAUUAUUAAAAGAAUAAAUGAGUGGGAAAAAUUUUUCUUUUUCGAAGUUUACAAGUGGAAAUAUAUUUUAUGAUGGAAUUGAAUAAAAGAUAUCUGUUUCUAAUAUAACAAACUGUGAUUAUAGUACUUAAUGUUUUAACCCACUGAAUGCAUCAGUGUUUGAGAUCAUAAUUGUGUGAAUAUUACUAUGGAACUCUCUUGUUGAUAUUUUCUGUUGGUAAAUCACAAAUAAAGUAACAUCCAUGAUUAAUCCUCA